AUGCAAGCAGAAGAGGUGGAGGGAAGUCCCGAGACGGAGCUUUCAAUUAAAGAGGAAUACCAGUUGUGGCGAAAGAAUUGUCGUUAUAUGUAUGAGUUUGUCAGUGAAACAGCUCUAACAUGGCCAUCAUUAACUAUCGAGUGGUUACCCAAUUAUACAGAAGAAGAAGGAGUGCUCGACUGUAAGCUAUUACUAGGGACCCAUACUUCAGGAGAAGAUACGAACUUUCUCAAAAUUGCGUCUACAAGUUUGCCCUCAGGUACACAAAAUAAUGAUAAAAAAGUUACAUCUAGAAUAAAGAUCACCAGAAAGUUUGAGAACAAUUACGAAAUUAAUAGGGCUCGAUACUUACCUCAAGACCCAUCAAUAUUAGGAACCAUUAAUGGCCAUGGGGAAAUUGAUAUUUACUCUUUGAAGGAACAAGAAAAGCUGAAUUUGAUGCACUUUCGCCCGCAUGAAGAUAACGGAUACGGUCUUUCUUGGAAUCGCUAUAAAAAAGGAUAUUUGUUAACGGCCUCUGAUGAUCACACUAUAGUCCUUACUGAUGUGAGUGACAAGCCAGCUCAGGUAUUCCAGAAUAAGUCACAUGGAGAUAUUGUAAAUGAUGCCAAAUGGCAUAGCACGGAUCAGAAUCUCUUUGGAAGUGUGUCUGACGAUAAAUAUUUUUAUUUGUUUGAUAUACGAGAACCAUCCAGACCUUCCUUAAAGUUCUACAGUAAAGACUCUAACGGGAUUAAUUCUUUGGCCUUCUCCCCAUUUUCAGGCAACCUUGCUGUGUUGGGUAAUGCAAACUCUAAUGUUAGUCUCAUAGAUAUUCGACAACUAUCAUCAAACGAUAAUAGUUCUGAUGGGUAUUUACAUACAAUGAUGGGUCAUUCUGAUUCAAUUACGUGCUUAGAAUUUAGUCCGCAUAAAGAUGGAAUCAUAGCAUCAGGCUCGCAAGACCGUCGUUUAAUUUUAUGGGAUAUUACAAGAAUAGGAGAAGAACAGAUACAAGAGGAUGCUGAAGAUGGUUGCCCAGAGCUUUUUAUGAUGCAUGCCGGCCAUACAGGUGCAGUAAUGGAUCUUAAUUGGUGCCCCUUCAAAGAAUGGACACUUGGUUCUGUAGCGGAUGAUAAUAUUGUACACUUAUGGCUGGUGGGUGAAAAGAUAAUCAAUUCUGACGAAGUUCUGAAUGUCGAUUUGAAUAGUCUAGAGUAA